CGCGUGGCGGAGCUAUCGCUGGAGUAGCAAGUGCAGCUCGGGUUGUUGUUUCCGCGGUACCGGCUUCUGCCGGGCUAGCGGUCGAGAGUCUCCCCGCACGAGGUACUCUCUUGGCGGAGGUCGGCAGUCUCCCCGCUAAUCUUGGCGGAGGAGCGGCAAGUGCAGGCUGCGCGGUGCACGGUUUGUCUUCAAGCGUAGGAACACCGGUUGUAGUCAAUGGACCAGGUCGCGGCGGCCACGGCGCUUCUCCGGCAACAGGAACCGCGACAGCACCCGGAGUAGAAUACGGAGGUGCUAGUGGAGCUGUGAGUGUGACUAGACCUCCAGGCCGGCAACUAAAGUUGACGCACACGGAUCAGGGGCAGGGGGCGACGGCCAGCACGGCGUUCGGCGAGGAGUACACGCAGGGCGUGGGCGCAACCGCCGCGGGAAC